AUGGCUACAGACUAUGUCGGAAUCCUCUCAGCAGAGAACCGGAAAAUCCUAAGCAAGCUUGUCUUCACGCUCUUUCUUCCAUGCCUGAUCUUCACGCAGUUGGGUGCAGCCGUGACGUGGCAAAAGCUCACGGAAUGGUGGUUUAUUCCAGUGAAUGUGUUUCUUGGUGCUGUUGUCGGAUGCACCAUAGGCCUGAUCGUGGCUCUAAUCAUCAGGCCGCCUCCUCAGUACUUUAAGUUUACCAUCGUCAUGAUUGGCAUAGGAAACAUCGGGAACAUCCCACUGGUUUUGAUCGGCGCAAUCUGUAGGGAGAAGACUAAUCCCUUCGGCACGCCUACUGUGUGCAACGAGUCAGGAGUCGCGUACAUCUCGUUCGGCCAGUGGGUUGGAGCUUUGAUCGUUUACACCUUUGUGUAUGCUAUGCUCGCUCCACCUAAAGAUUCUGAGAAGCUUGAAACCGCCACCAGCGGCGACCAAAGUGCUUACAGCCAGCUUCCUGCAAACGUGACUCAAGAGGCAGAGAAUAAGCCUGACUCUGACGGAAGUGACAUCCAGGAGGUGAAACCCGAUGAAGGAAAACUCUUGGAAAAAAAUGUUGAACUAUCAGAAGGAUCUCCCCAGACCAGCUUCUUGAGAGCCUCCAAUUCGCAGCGCCUUAAGAUAAUAUGGAGAGUCAUGGAGAAGCUUCACAUCAUUGAUAUUUUCCAACCACCAGUGGUGGCAUCUCUGCUAGCUUUGAUCGUUGGAGCCACCCCACAGCUCAAAGCCGUUUUUUUCAAUCCUCAUUCACCCCUACUGUUUCUUCAAGACAGCCUCAACAUCUGCGGGGGUGCAAUGGUUCCAUGCGUUAUGCUUGUCCUUGGUGGAAAUCUUGUGAAGGGUCCUGGAAGUUCGGAGCUUGGAGUUCGCACCACUGUUGCAAUUACACUUGUGCGCCUUCUCAUUAUACCAGCAUCAGGAUUGAUGCUGGUUCAGACUGCUAAGUCUUUGGGGUUCUUCCCAAAGGACGACUUGAUGUUCAAUUUUGUGCUGCUGCUACAGCAUACCAUGCCAACUUCUAUUCUGGCAGGUGCGGUUGCAACACUUC